GGCCGGGAGCGCGCGCGGAGGCGGUCCGGGGCUGCCUCAGCUUUCUGUAAUCGCAUUUCUGCUGCUGCUACCUCCAGUUAAAUAGCUAGGACACGGGAGCGAGCAGACGGCCGUGUGAGGAUAUACUUUUCUCGGUACCUUGGGAUUACGACGCGGAAUUGCAGCAUCGACGGCCAGCCGCCAGGGCCCACGAUGUCCAGCGAAGUGCAGAGACCGGACGACAGCCCCAGCACCAGCGGGGGAAGCUCAGAUAUUGAACAAAGGGAAUCAGUACCACCUGAACAGGAGCGAGAGCAAGCACAGCCCAAAAAGAAGGAGACCAAGAUCUCGAGUAAAACCGCUGCUAAACUUUCAACCAGUGCCAAGAGGAUUCAGAAAGAGCUUGCAGAAAUAACACUAGACCCACCUCCAAACUGCAGCGCGGGCCCCAAAGGAGACAACAUCUACGAGUGGAGGUCGACCAUACUUGGACCCCCGGGCUCCGUGUACGAGGGAGGUGUCUUCUUCCUGGACAUCGCCUUCACACCAGACUACCCAUUCAAACCCCCCAAGGUAACUUUUCGUACGAGGAUCUAUCACUGCAACAUCAACAGUCAGGGGGUGAUCUGUCUGGACAUCCUGAAGGACAACUGGAGCCCGGCCCUCACCAUCUCCAAGGUCCUGCUGUCCAUCUGCUCCCUGCUCACAGACUGUAACCCAGGUAAGACUGAGAUCGUGUUGAUGAACGCUCGGUGGUUACAGCCCCAUCAUAGACCAAACUGCUGAAAGAUGUUUUGGAACAGGCUUAUGAGAUGUUCACUGUCUGAGAUGGACUUUACAAGUUAACACUUGCUAACAUAAAAGUUUCACUCUGACCCUUUUAUUUAAAUGCACAGCCUGUUUGCAGCAGGCGAUAGCGGCGGCCAUGUUCUGAAGUGAAGCUUUUUUUAUUUUAUUUUAUUUUUGUCUUGCUGGCUCUCUUCACAUCUCACCAAUUUCCGCUCUACUUUUCGCAGUGUGCCACAUCAAGUAUAUGUCCAUGAAGACAGUCAGGAGAACGAGAAAAAAACAAAUCAUACUGUUCAGGCUGAUGUAUAUCUUCAGAUAUGUGAUUUGAAUCACCUUUCAAGCUCAUUAAUUGCUACAUAAACAGAUUUUCCACGGUUUUACAAAACAACAGAAAUCUGAAACUCUGAAAUGUUGGUAAAUUUUGUCAGUGCUGCCACCUUGACAGGAAACACAGCGUCAUCUGGACAUCCUAUUCUAUUUUAUAAAUGUACUUGGCUCGUAAGAGUGAAAGCAGACAGGGGGUUUUUUUGCAUUUUAACCCCCACUUCAGACAAAAGUUUGUUUUCUGCCGCAGGCGACACACUUCAUUUGUCCUGAUGUCUGAGUGCUGCUUUAUUAAAAGGUUGUGACAGGAGUCAACUGUCAGAUUCUGCUCAUGUACAAAUAUUUUACUCUAUAAUGUAAAAAAAAAAAAAAAAACUUUCCAAUAGGUAAAAGGUGUUCUUAAAAGACUGAUUUUGACCUGGUAAAUUGAGGUAGUGGAAUCAGUACUAAAACUGACACGACAAAAGUCUUGUUUUUUCUAUGCACCUAAAAUAAUUUCCUGUUUAUAUAAAAAUAGCGAGAUGUCUGGUGAAGAAAAUGUUCUUUCUCUCUUUGUUUAUCAUUUCUACGUGCAGAUAAACUUAACUUAAAUAUUUUUCCGUUCAGCCGAUCCCCUGGUGGGAAGCAUCGCCACCCAGUACACGACUAACAGAGUGGAACAUGACCGAACAGCCAAACAGUGGACGAAGCGAUA